AUGGCCAAAGUCACCACAAUCGACUGGGUUGAAGAUGCCGAGACGGAGAACAUCAAGAGACUAAAGCAGGCGGCACAGCAGUAUGGCAGCAGCUUCCGUGCUCGCGCGGAAAAUCUGUAUGUCCAUUGCCAGGGCUGGCUGGUCCUAGCGGCCGCAGGCGCCGUGAUUGGGGUUAUUGCCUUUAUGCUGAACAUUGUCACAGCCCUGCUUGUGGAUUAUAAGCUUGGUUACUGCUCGGGUGGGUUUUAUCUCAAUCAAACCUUCUGCUGUCUUGGUGAAGCCGAGGACUGUGCAAUGUGGCAUCCCUGGGCAAGCAUUGGCAUUCUGAGAUACUUUGUUUAUGUGAUUUUAUCCACUGUAUUCGCUGCUAUGGCAUGUUUGCUAGUGCUUGAAUUCGCCCCUUUCGCAGCAGGCUCCGGAAUCAGCGAAAUCAAGUGCAUCGUUGCCGGGUAUCUGAUCCCGGAUUUUCUAGGUUUCAAAACGUUGGCCAUCAAGGCUCUCUCUUUGCCUCUCACUAUUGCAUCAGGUUUCAGCGUUGGUAAAGAGGGGCCCUCGGUACAUUAUUCCGCAUGUGUUGCCAAUGUGAUUGGCCAGCUCAUUUCCGGGUAUCGCCAGCACAAUCCAAAGCGAAGGGAUCUUCUGAUUGCAUGCUCUGCGGCUGGUGUCGCGGUGGCUUUCGGCUCACCUAUUGGUGGCGUUUUGUUCUCAAUUGAGGAAAUCUCCCCUGUUAAUAUCGAGAUUGCAACCAUCUGGCGCUCCUAUUUCUGCUGUCUGGUAGCAACCGGUGUCCUGGCUUUGCUGAAUCCCUUCCGCACCGGGCAAAUGGUUCUGUUCAGCGUGACUUAUGAUCAACCUUGGCACUUUUUUGAUCUGCCUGCAUUUAUUGUUUUGGGGGCAUUUGGUGGCCUGAUGGGCGAAUUUAUCAUUAAGUGGAACUUGAGGUUCCAAUCGUUGCGGAAACAAUAUUUGAAGGCUUAUGCUUUGCAGGAGGUCGCUUUGAUCGCUACAAUAACUGCAGCAGUGUGCUACUUUAAUGAGUAUCUAUCUGUUGACAUGACAAAAAGUAUGCAGAUUCUGUUUCAUGAGUGUGAGCAUGGCUGGAGUCAUCCGUCUUGCGACGUCAACCACCAGACAAGAUUGGCCUUUUCCUUAGCUGUUGCUUUGAUUAUUCGCACUGCUCUGGUUCUCGUCUCUUAUGGCGCGAAGGUUCCUGCCGGGAUUUUCGUGCCGAGUUUAGCCAUUGGUGCUCUGUUUGGCCGGUUUGUGGGCACUCUAAUGCUUGCAUUUCACCAAAGAUUCCCCGACCUUGGAAUGUUUUCUGGUUGCAUACCAGAUAAGCCGUGUAUAAAUCCCGGUGCGUACGCAGCUCUAGGCGCUGGCGCCUUGCUAGCUGGUGUGAUGCAUAUUACUAUUGCAGUCGUUCUGAUUAUGUUUGAGCUCACAGGAGCUCUCUUUUACAUUGUGCCGACCAUGAUCGUAGUUGGAAUCACAAAGUUUAUUGGCGAUGCAGUUGGUGCGCACGGCGGAAUUGCCGACAUGGCGAUUGUUGCAAAUAACUAUCCAGUUUUGACAGAUGAGCUAGAGCUCAAGGGUGUCGUGGAGGAUGUUAUGCAGACGCCUGUGGCUAUAGUCCCGGAUAGCUUGCCUCCGGAUCCCCUGAACCAUCCUACCUACCCGGUGCUUGAUGGAAAUGGAUAUUUACUAGCAAGUGUGAACGCUGAUGAAGUUCAGACCGAUAUACCCUUUGACAUGCAUUCUUCGGUCCUGAACAAGAACCCUAUAAUGGUUACACUAGGAACUCCACUGGACUGGAUCCAUGAGAUAUUCAUUCAGUUGGCGCCGAAAGUCGUUUUCGUAACUGCCGAGGGCAAACUGGUAGGAAUUGUAACUCGAAGGGAUUUGGUGAACCACGUCAAAACAAACCUCAGUGUACCGAGCGAGUUGGAACAUAAAAUAGUCGGUGCCAUCGCGGAGUAUGCUCAGAAGCUGUUCGGACCCAGUCCCCCCACCAAUAGUCCCUAA